GUGAUGUUGCUGGGUUCGUCGGCUCGUGUAUUGAAGUAUUUGGGUUUUUUUCGUCAGUUUUUUUCCAUCGUUAUUUUCCUCGACAUUCCUUGUGUAAUCUGUUCCUUUUGUUCUUUACGUGGUCCUUGUUCUCCUUUCAGAAUGCGUUUGAUUUCGCAACAUUUUAUUUUUCCUCCCGGGCGACCAGCGUCCGGAAGGGAAUAAAAAGCGGGGGAGAUACUUGCUUAUCUUCAAAGCCAGCAGAUUUCACCAAAAGCAAAACUGCAUUUCCCUGGUCGUCUUAGUCUACCGGGACAAGGCAGCACAUGCCGCGCUGCUAGCAGACAACUUUGGGCGGGCAAACCGCCUCGCUCCUACUUAUUCUUGCCAAAGAUCUUUAGCCACCAGCAUGGCCUCGCUCGAGGAGGAGCAAGGCGAGGCUGCGAAGAUGAACGAGGGCGGUGCAAUGCUCGCUGAACCGCCACCAGCCUGCGAUGGCAAAACUGAAGACACCACGGGACGACUACAGAACGAGCACGAGUCUCUGGAGGAUCUUGCUCUUCGAGUAAGUGUUCCUAUAGCGACUGAUGCUAUCAUCACUUCUAUGUCAACUGUUCCCAGCGAAUGUGUAGCCGAAUUAUUAGCAUCACUAUGAAGAAAAUAUAAAUACAUAAGAUAUUUAUUCAUAUUCCUUUUGUCCAAUAUUCGUCCAGCCGGAAGUUCGCGCUCGGGGGAUCGAGAUCUUGACGCAGCUGGAGGACUUCUGCGCAGAGCCGGGGUUUACGGAGGCGGUAACGCAGUACUUCCUUAUCCUGUGCAAAAGCAUCGUACUGGUGGUAAUCGCAGUUAUGCAUUACAAUUCUACUUGUUAAGGUGAAUCCGCAUUACAAAUUUGAUUUGUAAUGCUGAGCCAGUUUGUAUUGUGAUUUAUACUACUGCGAUACUUUUGCAUGGCAUAUUCCUGCAGCACGGACGAAAGUUCGACGACCGCGAGGACGACUUUCCGCUUGAUUGGUACACCUGCUACCAACAAUACUGCCUCCUCAUGGAAUCGCUGCUCGAGCCCUUUGAUGCCUGCUCGGGGGAAGAGCUCGAACUGGUCUGCCAACUCUUUCUCAGACAGCUUGAGGGUAUUUACUUGGGCAGAAGAAAAAAAGCCCUGUCUCAUCUACUUUGCUCGUACAACAACUUCAGAUCAUGCCUCUACUAAGACACCACAAGAGCAAAUCCGGGUUAGAAUAUUUCAAGUUGCUCUUGCUGAAUUCCAGUUCUUUCAAACUACAUCAUAAUGCUUCCUCCAUUCCUCUAGGUGAGUGCCCGCUAAUGUGCUCCGACUACCUACUUGCCACCCUCGAUUACGAGGAUUUUGUGCGUGUUGCGCAGGAUCACAAGCGGCUUCUGUUCGGUGACGACAUGGAUGAACAAAACGAGGAUCAUCUACUGCAUGCACACGGAGGUGGGUCAGACGUCUUGUUUCCGCCGGAAGAUGGAGGAAGAGGAACCACAGUUGGCAGCAAGUUGCGUGAGCAGCAUUCAAGGGGCGGUGCAAGAUCACGAAACGCGGCAGGUAGAAUCAUAGCGCUGCAACCGGGGGGUGAUGGUGAACAAGAUGGAAUUACAGGCGAAAAUUGCUCAACGUCGAGCCUCAUGGUCGAGCAUAACGACGGCCUGUCCUCCGUCGGGGCACAGGAUAGCUGCAGCUCCGCGGCCGAGCCUAAUUUGGACGAUGUUACCUGACCGGGACAACCACUGGUGGCGAUGCGGAGGUUGAUUGAUCAUUGCGUUGGAGCAGGGGACCGGUGUCAGACGAUCGGUGUAUUUACCAUGCGCGGUAUUGAGCAACCCAAAAAACAAAAACUGAUACUGAAGUCCUCUGCUUUACCUUUAGUUGUUAACGUCGACGUUGCGAUGGUCACGUGGCAAUCCCAAUCCCUUAACGUUGGUAGCAACUACAGCACGAUGAGCAUGAAGCUCCGCUUCGUUUCGCAAAAACCUUUUUUGCUCUUGUUCAGCCCCGCUACGGCGCAAAACGAAGCGUCAAAGAAU